AAGAAGGUGAAAAAUGUUUAAAACGAGAGAGCCAAACGCGGCGUUUCAGUUGUACAAUCUUGUAGGGAAGGAGAAGAAGAAGAAGAAGAAGCUAGCGAUUAAAAAGAGAAGCAAGAACAAACAAUAAUAAUAAUAAUAAUAAUAAAAACCUAUGCUAUGCUCCUUCUGAACGCAAACCUUAUUAUUCAAAUAAUAUUAAUAUAAUAUCCCUCUAAUUUCAUCUUCCACCACGCAACUACAGCGAUAAUCAAUCCCUAUUCUUGCGUUCUUCUCUCAGAUUCUUCAACUUCUACUUCUGCUUUUACUUCAAGGUGCAGCUGGUUCCUUGAAAUCUUUUUGGGAUUUUGGUGUUGACAGUUUUGUAUGAUAUUCCCUUAUGAUCAGAACCUUGUUUUAACUGUUUUGAUCUUUGGGGAAUGAACUGGCUGUUUACACCUACUGUUAGUGUCUGUGAACAAUGUUUAGCAGACCAAGUGGUUCCGGUGCUUUUAGUAUAUUUAAAUGGAAACGGCGAGGUGCGUCAUCUCUGACAAGAGGUUUACUUCAUGAUUCGACAGAGAUUGAAUUGUCUCAUUACGGAAAGACCGAUAGUCCAGGAAGUGAGAGUCCUUCAGAUCUCCUUAAUGGCGAAAGUGUAUACGUAGAACCAAUUGCUGAUUUGGAUCUCUUCUUUGAAAGACUUUAUAGCUACUACUGUGAGAAGGGGCUAUGGUGCAUUGUUAUAAAGUGGAUUGUUGAACUUCUAAGUCUUGGGUUCACCAUAUGCUUUUCAGGAUUUUUUUUAUUAUAUGUUGAUUGGAAUGGGCUCCGUAAUGCAAAAUGUGGGAUGGAUGCAGUUGAAUCCGGAAUUAAGCCCUGUGAUCUUGGUAAAGAAGCUCUUAAUCAACACCCUUUAACCCCAAUGACACUUACCAAAGCUAUUAUUGUUGGAUACUUGGGAAUUUUUUCCAUCUAUUGGAUAGUUUGCUUCUUGAGAUUCUUUGCUCAACUAAAGGAUACUCUGGAAAUCCGUCAGUUUUACUACGACAGUCUCCAUGUUACUGACAAUGAAAUUCAAACUAUGCCUUGGGCCACAAUUGUUGACAAAGUUGUUCUCGUUCAAAGUACUCGGAAACUAUGUGUGCUGAAGCAUCUUUCUGCUCAUGAUAUAGUCAUGAGACUCAUGCGGAAGGAGAACUACUUAAUUGGAAUGAUCAACAAGGGUGUGCUUGCUUUCCCCAUUUCACAAUGGUUUCCAGGAGUCGGUCCUAUAGUCCAAUCUAGUCCCGAUGGAGCACAAAAUCGUUUAGUACUUACCAAGACCCUUGAAUGGACUUUAAAUUGGUGCAUCCUGCAGAGCAUGUUUGAUCGCAACUUUAGGGUCAGAAGAGAUUUUGUGUUAAAUCCAAAGACAUUACAGACAAGGCUUAUGGUAGUUGGGUUUGCAAUGCUUUUACUUUCUCCAUUCCUUGUCAUAUUCAUGCUGGCAUAUCUCUUUCUGAGGCAUGCUGAGCAAUUUUAUAACCACCCAAGCACGGCAUCGUCUCGAAGAUGGUCAAAUUUGUCUAGGUGGAUUUUUAGGGAAUUCAAUGAGGUGGACCAUCUCUUCAGGCAUCGGAUUAAUAACAGUGUAUUGCAUGCUUCUGAUUAUCUCAAGCAAUUUCCUUCACCUAUCAUAUCUAUCAUUGCAAAAUUCAUAUCUUUUGUAUCGGGAGGCUUUGCUGCAAUUCUGAUCAUUAUUGCUUUUCUCGAGGAGUCUCUGCUAGAGGGACAUAUAUUUGGUCGGAACUUGUUUUGGUAUGCUGCUGUUUUUGGAACUAUAACUGCUAUUAGCCGGGCUGCAAUUGCAAAUGAGCUUCUGGUAUUAGAUCCCGAGGGAGCAAUAUCUAUGGUGGUUCAGCAUACACACUAUAUGCCAAAGAGAUGGCGUGGUAAAGAAUUUACUGAAGUGGUUCGCGUUGAGUUUGAAACCUUAUUCCAGUAUACUGGAAUGAUGUUACUUGAGGAUAUGGCUUCAAUUUUCCUCACUCCAUAUUUGCUUCUGUUUAUUGUCCCAAAGCGAGUUGAUGAUAUCUUACAGUACAUUGCUGAUUUCACUGUAAAUGUUGAAGGUGUUGGGCACGUUUGCAGUUUUAGCACCUUCGAUUUUCAAGAGCAUGGAAACACUCAUUACGGUUCCCCAUACAGUGCCCCUCGUAACCGGAGAAGUUCACAGGGGAAGAUGGAGAAAUCGUUGUUGAGCUUUCAGAGUAGUUAUCCAUCUUGGGAACCAAAUGCUCAGGGGAAGCAAUUUUUGCUAAAUCUUAGAACAUUCAAAGAGAAGAAGUUAUCAGUACAUGGAAACGGACACGGAUCUUCCCCUCCUAGAAUGUGGAGGGGUAGUCCCAAUAUGGCAGGCAAUGGAGACAGGAACAGGUUUAUAUCCGGGGAAAUACCAUACAGUACUUAUGUCCCUGGAAAUCACUUUGGUUCUUUGUGGUUUAUUGAAGCCAACCAGAACAAUCACCCCUAUCUUCUUGAUUGGUACUACACAUCUCGACCUCAUGAUGCUACUUCGGGAGAUGUUCCAUUCGAACCAUUUGGAGUAACUGAACAUUAUUCCAAAGACUAUUCGAUGCCCUCCAACUUGACACAGAAUGAACCUGAGUUUGAAGAAUACUCAAACGAGUACGAGGAAGAUCGGGCUGCAUCUCAUCUUGGUGCUUCCACAUCAGCUCCCAUCUUCAGGGAGAGCCUUAUUCAGGACCAGAGUUAUAAUGAACCGCCCAACGCCACCAGAAGCCAUUGGUGGGCUAGAAGUCACCUACAGAGUGGACGGGCUCAGACAAGCUUUUUUGAGCCUCCAGAUUUCAAUGACCUAACAACAUAUAAUUAUCACGACAAGUUUUCUGAUAGAGGGUCAGAAGAUCAAGAUCAAGAACAACACUUUCACUGGAGAGAUCAUCACAACAAAUUAUCUAGAACAACGACGGCAGAUGACUUAGAGGCAGGAGAAUUUAAUCUACAUUUUGGUGAUAUUUAUAGUAGACCUCCAAAAACUCCCACUAUAGAUACCAGCACCGCAAGCUUUGAGUAGUAGAUUUGUCACUCUCCCACAUUAUUUGUUUGGGAGGUUCUUGCUUUCAAUUAAAUGGAAUGCAUGAAUUUCCAAAUCAUGAUUGUCCCUUUUCUAUUUAGUUAUUUGGAAAUUCUAUUCUUUUCUGUACAUAGAUUCAUUAGAGUGAGGUUAAACUGUUAAAUGAGCCUCAUCUUGAUGUUGGUACUUAAAAACAUCUUAAAGCUGCCUUUGUCAAGAGGUCUGGGAUACCUUCCAUUUUUCUGGUGUAAGGACCUCCCAAAAAAUAGUGUAGCAACUGUCCUGAUUCAUUAACCCAAUUUCUUGUUUUAAGAA